UCCCAGCAUACACCGCGUCUCAUUAGCAUAAAACAUUCCGGUGUCUAGAAGAGCCGAGCGAACACAUUCAGCUCCAGGGAGCUUCAAAUACGUCUAAAUUAAAGAGUAUAUCCACACACAUCGGCAAACAUGAGCGACAGCGAGAAACUGGACAAGCAGCGGCUGAAGAACUUCAAGAAUAAAGGGCGCGAUCUGGAGACGAUGAGAAGACAGCGCACAGAAGUGGUGGUGGAGCUCAGAAAGAAUAAGAGAGACGAGCACCUGCUGAAGCGGAGGAACGUCCCGCACGAGGACAUCUGUGACGACUCUGAUGCCGACGGGGACUUCAGGACCCAAAACACUUCGCUUGAAGCAAUUGUUCAGAAUGCCACCAGUGAUAACCAGGGCGUGCAGCUCAGCGCCGUUCAGGCCGCCAGGAAGCUUCUGUCGAGCGACCGCAACCCUCCCAUAGACGACCUGAUCAAGUCUGGGAUUCUGCCCAUCCUGGUGCACUGUCUGGACCGGGACGACAACCCGUCUCUGCAGUUCGAGGCGGCCUGGGCUCUGACCAACAUCGCGUCGGGCACGUCCGAGCAGACGCAGGCCGUGGUGCAGUCCAAUGCGGUUCCUCUGUUCCUGCGGCUGCUGCACUCCCCUCAUCAGAACGUGUGUGAGCAGGCGGUCUGGGCUUUAGGGAACAUCAUCGGUGAUGGUCCUCAGUGCAGAGAUUACGUCAUCAGUCUGGGUGUGGUCAAGCCGCUCCUGUCCUUCAUCAGCCCCUCCAUCCCCAUCACCUUCCUCCGCAACGUCACCUGGGUCAUGGUCAACCUGUGCCGCCACAAGGACCCGCCGCCGCCCAUGGAGACCAUCCAGGAGAUUCUGCCCGCGCUGUGUGUGCUGAUUCACCACACUGACGUGAACAUCCUGGUGGACACGGUUUGGGCGCUGUCUUACCUCACGGACGCGGGCAACGAGCAGAUCCAGAUGGUCAUCGACUCCGGGAUCGUGCCGUACCUCGUCCCCUUGUUGAGCCACCAGGAGGUCAAAGUUCAGACGGCAGCGCUGCGAGCGGUGGGGAAUAUCGUGACGGGAACUGAUGAACAGACUCAGGUGGUGCUCAACUGUGACGCUCUGGGCCACUUCCCAGCACUCCUCACACACCCCAAAGAGAAGAUCAACAAGGAGGCCGUGUGGUUCCUGUCCAACAUCACCGCAGGGAACCAGCAGCAGGUUCAGGCCGUCAUCGAUGCCAAUCUGGUGCCCAUGAUCAUUCUGCUGCUGGAUAAGGGAGAUUUCGGCACUCAGAAGGAGGCGGCGUGGGCCAUCAGCAACCUCACCAUCAGCGGCAGAAAGGACCAGGUGGCGUACCUGAUCCAGCAGCAGGUGAUUCCCCCCUUCUGUAACCUGCUGACGGUCAAAGACGCGCAGGUGGUGCAGGUGGUGCUGGACGGCCUCAGUAACAUCCUCAAGAUGGCCGACGACGAAGCCGAGACCAUCGCCAACCUCAUCGAGGAGUGCGGAGGUUUGGAGAAGAUCGAGCAGCUGCAGAACCACGAGAAUGAGGACAUCUACAAACUGGCCUAUGAGAUCAUCGAUCAGUUCUUCUCAUCUGAUGAUAUCGACGAGGACUCCAACCUGGUUCCCGAAGCCAUCCAAGGAGGAACGUACAACUUCAGCUCUCCCACCAACGUGCCAGCAGAAGGGUUCCAGUUCUAGACGCCACGGGACACCCGGAGUUUUGUUUGUGAUGCAGCACUCUGUUCAACAUUAAAAAUAAUUAGAGCGAACGAGAGAGAGAGAGAGCGAGCGAGAGAGAGUGUGAUGAUGAUAAAUAUUAGGUCCGUUGUGCUUGGCUGAUGGGAUCCAGCUGCAUCUAAACCCAAGAGAAAUUGAGUGGAGUUCCUCCCGAAGGAAAGCGUCCCGUCGGCGUUUGAGAUGAUGAUGAUGAUGGCUUUGAGUGGAUGCGAUGCGAGUGAGAGUGAGUGGGUGAAUACUGCGUUUCAAAACACCACCAUCUAAACCGAACGCGCUCGGAGCAAACUUCACCAAAACUGCCUGGCGUGUGUCUCAACUAAACCAAACCCAACCAAUGGGAGCAACCAAGACGUCUCACAUUAGUAAUCUGAGGUAAGGACGAUCGUUGAGGACCUCAUCAACAACAGAGACACGAACACACUUCUGAGGAGUGCCUGAGUGUGUGUGUGUGUGUGAGUGAGUGAAUGACCCCUGAGGGGUUGAUCUGACGUGCUGGAGACGGACCCAGCAGACCAGAGCCCUCUCCCGUACGCUAGCGGCGUCACGCUAACGUUUAUGUGCUGCAUGUGUGUGUGUGUGUGCUUGACUGACUGAUGAAAUGCAGGACUGAAUGUAAACGAGUCGACAUGGGGAAAAAAAAUCAACCGGCGUGUGGAAGGUGACCAAUUCAGCGGCAAAUUGUGGAGGAGACUAAAUGAAGAAAUCACCUUGACUCGGCAUCAGUGAUCUAAAGAAGACUGUCAUGACUUUAAUUCCCCCUUUUCCUUUUAAACCUGAUUUCGUGCUGAUGACACUGGACUGAGUGGACUUGCGUCGAGGAUGAUCGGUCGGGGAAGUGUGUGUGUUGUUCCCAGUGUGUGCGUUUGUCCCUAAGCCCGUUUUCUUUCCGUCUUCCCUCGUGUCUGCUUUUAAUUUCCCAGUGCUGGUGUAAAUACAUGUACUGCACUGUUGUCGGACCCCGGCACAAACGCUUCCGCCCCUCCUCCGAGCGGGUCACGUGAUCAUGUGUGCGAGGGGGUUCAGACUCGUAUCCUUUGCAUGUGCUAAACUGCAGCAUAGUUCAUUUUAGUGGGUUUUUAGUUUCGUAAGUGUAAGCUUCUUUUUUUUUUCUUUCUUUUCUUUUAAAAACAAAGUACCUGCUAUAAUGUUUCUGUGGCCAUCUUUUUUUCUUCCCAUUCAAGCCCCUCACUGUUCCUGACCGACGACGGCGUUUUGCACAUCGGAGGCGUGUGCACAUUAGCGAAGAUGGGCGGUUAGUCCCACUCUAACACAGGCCAUCUUUAUUUGUAGAUAUUCAUGUUCAGUGUUGAGCAAUAUUACAGCAGAUGCGGACUGAUAGCGCUGUUUCCCAUCCGUUCUGUUUCUGAACUGUGUUUGCAUAACCUCUCCAUGGCUAUAUUAUGUUUUCUUGACACCCCUCCCACCCCCAGCGGCAUUCCUUGUUUGCAAAUAUGUAGUUUCAAAAGAAGACAAGCAUAGAUGGUGUACCUAUCCUGUUGGACAGACUCACAGGCUCUGUACCUAUUCAAAUAAAUAUUCAAAUGUG